GUUAUCACAAUAUCCAGUAACUCUUCGAAAGUAAGUCAAAAUUCCACCUUUCCGAUAUAUAAACUCAUUGCUGACUCUGGCAAGACGCCUUAACAGAUUAUUCACACUUCAGUUAAGAAUGGUGUCCUUCGAAAUCGUGACAGCUAUUCUUUUCUGCGGAUUGUCAUCCAUUUUCUUGGUUAAUUCUGCAGUUUUACCUACUGAGUCCUCACAAGUUCCUAUCGAUACUGAACCAGUGGUUUUGGUGAAUCCAGCGAAUGCUUAUAUUUUCGGAUACCAAUCUGAUGAUGGUUUGGGAACGACUCAACAUCGCCACGAGGUUGCUGAUGGAUCUGGGGUUGUGAAAGGUACUUACGGUUACAGGGACUCUUUUGGGAUCUUUAGAACUGUGAAUUAUACAGCUGACGCCAGUGGGUAUCGGGUAGUGAUUCGCUCCAACGAACCAGGAUUUGCAGCUCAAAAUUCUGGAGAUGUAAUUUACUUGGCUGACUCACCAAGUCCUAUUUUAGCUCCACCGAUUGCUGUGAGAGUGAAGCCACCAACUAAGUGAAAGUUCUUUAAUUAUGAAAAAUGAAGAAUUACAACUUGUUGAUACAUCAGAUUGUUCUGGCUGCCCUCAUCAAUUAGAAUAAUGCUGCAAUUCACCUGAGUGAAAUCUCCAAAAGAUUAAACGAUCAACUCAGAACUUAUGGGGAAGUUUGAUUUUUGUGUUUUGAAUAAAAUGAGGUAGAAAGUCUUUUGGACUCUCAUAACUAACAGAAAGAUAUCAUCAAUUUUCCUUCACCAAAACAUCAACUUACUUUUGAACUGAUUACUUUUCAAACUGUGGUCGGUUCUUAAA